UUGCGGCAAUUCAAAUUAGAGUCUGUCGUCGCAAUGGCUGCUCUCAGCCUGGGAAUGAAAUGUUUGAAGUGUGCGGUGUUUUUCUUCAAUAUUAUCUGCUUCAUUUGUGCGCUCCUGUUAAUCAUAGUAGGGUCCUGGGUUCAAGUCAAAUUUUCGGAUUAUGGUCCCGAACUGCAGAAAAUUUGGCAAGCAGCUCCGAUCGCACUAAUUGUUUUGGGCGCUAUAAUUUUGCUUGUGAGCUUUCUUGGUUGCUGUGGGGCUAUCAAAGAGAAUGUGUGCAUGUUGUAUACGAUCGAUCCUGAGAUCGAAAAAAUUUUGAAAGAUGCAGUGCGUGAUUAUCCUAAACCAGAAAUCCAGCAAUCUAUCGAUCUAAUCCAGAGAACGUUUGAAUGCUGCGGGGCAACUGUUCGUGAGGAUUACGAAGUCGUUCCUGAGUCUUGCGGGGCUUUCAUCACG